CGUUCCGUGAGCUAGUUUGCUAAAAUGUCUCUGAGAUCCAGGCUGCGCCGCUUGGUGAGCAGUUUCGGCUGGUAGGAUUAAGGAGUUGCCCGGUAGUGCUGUGGGUAAGACCCGUAACCGAAGUUUGAGCCGUGAAACUACAUUUUAAGACAGGCUGACGUCAGUCCCAGCUGUUCCCGGUUUUGCUGUUCCUUGGACCUUUGGGUUGAGUCCAGUCGUAGCCGUGUAACAUGGAGCGUCUCCACUGCGUGAAUGAAGGCUGACCAGAAGAAAGGCGGCGCUCCAGAUGACGUUCCCAAGUGGCCUUGUGGAAGCAGUAGCUGCGCGUUGGAGUGCUUUUUCAUGAUUACCGUUGUAUGUGUGUCAGCGGGAACAGCUUAGCGAAACCCGCCGUUUUCAUCGGGCCGGGGAAUGAGACUGGAGUCAAGAAAUCCACAGAAAAGGAGCUCCUGUUUAUAACCAACAUCCUCAAAAAGCUUGCCCUCCAUUACUGUUGUUGGAGUUUCUAUGGUUUGCAUGGCUGGAGAAUAACCGUGGAGAGGCCAGGGUAUCACAAGCUUAUGGAUUUUGAUAAGAGAGGGGGCAAAGGAGAGACAGAGGAAGGCAAAAAGAUGUCUAAGUCGACGGCCAACAGGACUGGCGGCAGGGGUACAGGGACCAAUUCUGGAGUUCUUAUGGUUGGCCCGAACUUUCGUGUGGGCAAAAAAAUCGGCUGCGGUAACUUUGGAGAGCUGAGGUUGGGCAAAAACCUCUACACUAAUGAAUAUGUGGCCAUCAAAUUGGAACCCAUAAAGUCCAGGGCGCCACAGCUCCAUUUGGAGUACAGAUUUUACAAACAGUUGGGAAAUUCAGAGGGAAUUCCUCAGGUGUACUACUUUGGCCCAUGCGGGAAAUACAACGCCAUGGUUCUGGAGCUGCUCGGGCCCAGUUUAGAGGAUUUGUUUGACCUGUGCGACCGCACCUUCUCCCUCAAGACCGUCCUCAUGAUAGCCAUACAGCUGAUAACACGGAUGGAGUACGUGCACACCAAGAGUCUGAUCUACAGAGAUGUGAAGCCCGAGAACUUCCUCGUCGGGAGGCCCGGGAGCAAGAGGCAGCACACCAUCCACAUCAUCGACUUUGGUCUGGCCAAAGAGUAUAUAGACCCCGAGACCAAAAAACACAUCCCCUACCGGGAGCACAAGAGUCUGACAGGGACGGCGCGCUACAUGAGCAUCAACACACACCUGGGAAAAGAGCAAAGCAGAAGAGAUGAUUUAGAAGCUCUGGGCCACAUGUUUAUGUACUUCCUCCGAGGCAGCCUUCCUUGGCAGGGCCUGAAGGCUGACACUUUGAAGGAGCGAUACCAGAAGAUCGGAGACACCAAACGAGCGACCCCGAUCGAAGUGCUUUGUGAGGGCUUCCCUGAAGAGAUGGCUACCUACCUGCGCUACGUGAGGAGGCUGGACUUCUUUGAGAAGCCAGACUACGAUUACCUACGGAAGCUCUUCACCGAUCUGUUCGACAGGAACGGCUACGUCUUCGACUACGAGUACGACUGGGUCGGCAAAUCUCUCCCCACACCGAUCGGCCCCAUCCCCAGUGACACACCGCUGCCACCCAGCAGCAGAGACAAAGCACAACAGCAGACCAAAAACCAGUCACCUGAGCCCAAAGGAAGUGAGUCUCAGCCCACCCCCGUGACCAAUAAGGAGACUCUGGGGUCGCACCUCACAGCUGAGCGGCUGGGGGGCUCUGUUCAGGUGAUGAGCUCAACGAACGGCGAGCUGAACACGGACGACCCCACGGCCGGACACUCCAACGCUCCCAUCACUGCUCCCACUGAGGUUGAUGUGGUUGACGAAACCAAGUGCUGUUGUUUCUUCAAAAGGAGAAAGAGGAAAGCCCUCCAGAGGCACAAGUGAAGGAAGAGGAUGGAGGCAACUUGAAACAUUGUGGUCACUGUCGAGUUUUAAAUGGAAGCAACUACACAAAAAGGCCCUGCCCCCUUCGUCCCUGCUCUUCUUCCCCUACAGGCCGCCACCAUGUACCUCCUUCCUUCGCGCUCCCUCUGUUUCUCUUUCUCUCUCUCUCUCGUUCUCGGCGCUCCCCACGGCUCCCGCCGAGUUGAAGGAAUGUUGCAGUCCUACUGACUCCACAAGAGACUUUUGAUUCUUUUACAGACUAAUUCUAAGCGUACCUGCAUUACAACUGGGAGCUCGAGGAAAAGCGUAUAAAAGCUGUAACAAUGAAACUCGAAUACAGUGGCGUGAAUUUAAAAAAGAAAAAAAAAAGCUGCCGUUUGAAGCAGUUGUUGUAUUCUAGAUUCCAUGCAGACCGUUUGGAUCAGCUGUCGAUCAGGGGAAACUAUUCAGGUGGUUCAAGUGAAAGAAAUCUGCUCCGUAGGAAUUAAAUUUUCUUUUUUUUUUUUAUCCUUUUUUUUUUCUCGGUGUGUAUUUUGGGAUCAAGGUGAAAGGUGAACUAUGCUGAUGUUCAAUCUGAGAGACAGGAAGCAUUUCAUCUUUAAAACUGAAUCUGAUUUUUAUUGUUUUUGUCUUUUGUUGUUUUGUAAGUUAAUCCUCAGUUUUCAGACUCAAACCCUACAUUCAAUGCUUCUUUUCAUGUUGUAGUUUUCUGGAGUUCGGCUCUUUCCUCUCGUCCUUCAACGUGGUCUUUGUAGCACAGUCACUGGCCUCAGGUACUGUGGAAGAAAGAGCGAAAGCAGAUACUAAGCUCUCAUUUUUAUUGCACUUUUGGGAAAGAAAACAAUUACAGUGGAAAAUCUUUAGGCUUAAAAUUAAAAGUCAAGACUGAUCUAGGAUGAUUAUAUCUGCGCUCAUGGCUUAAAAAGGAAAGGAAGAUGUUUUGAUUUCUUUUUUUGUUUGUUUUACAUCCAAAUAAUUUACCAGAAAAUUGUAGUUUGUGCCUUUUUUAAGUAAAAUGUUUAAAGCUCAAGUGAGUGUCCCACAGUGAAAUUUUAUCUAAUCUGGCCCAAAUGCUCGGUGGAUUAAUGUCCGUGCUCGUGUGUUUGGGAGGGAGCACACUGGCGGCCGCUAAUCCGGAAGUUCCUGUAAGCAAAUCUGUGAAAUGAGCGCGUGCAUCCCUGCAGCCCGCUUCAGAGAGGUUUACGGCAACAGAACGGCCAAACAUGGCCGAUGUUGUGAUAUUUCAUCUGAAUAAGUAGAAAACAGAAAAAGAGCUGAGUGAGGUUUUCUCUGGAAUCGCUGGAAUCCCAUUUUUGAUCAAACGGAUCAGUAAAGCUCAUGUUGUGGUUUCUUGUACCUCAUGUUAGGUCUUCUUGUUUUCCUCCAACAUGUCUGACAAACUCCUACUUCCUUGCCUAGAAAUUCGAAACAUACCCUAAAAAAUCUCAGCUCUUCUGCCAUCAUUGAGUUUUGUCACCUCCAGCAUAUAGCCAGCUUUUGUUUGUCGCAAGAAACAUUUGAGUUAAGAUUUUUGUUUUCAUGUGUAAAUUUUAAUGAAAAAGGAAACAUCUGAGCCUGUUUAUGUUUGAGACCAUGGACUGAUUACUAGUUAUGCACCAAUCAUUGAUUUCUGCUGUUCUGUGACAUCUGACCUGCCGAUUUCAACUUUGACUGCCUCCCAUGUUGUUUUUUCUUUCUCCUGAGGAUUACUGAAUCUAAUAGAAAAUGACAUAUUUACAAGAUUAUUCCUGUUCUAUGCAUCAAAGCAUACAUUUCUAAUCAUAACUUGACAUAUAUUUAUUAGGGAUUCAACUCAGAAUAAGGUUACAUACUGUCUGUGGUAAUAUAUUGAAAAUGCAUCAUUAAAAACAAUUCAGAUUUUUGUCAGCAUUUGAACUGAUCAAGAGAAAAUUGGCCAAUUCCUAACUGAUAGUUUGUGGCACACCAGGAAUUCACAAGAUGCAUAAAUGUCCCAAAUUAUAAAAAUAAAA